AUGCCUCGCGAACAGCAAAAGAGAGGCCGCAGGGCCGAAAAGAAAGCAGAUAAGGAUGCUGCCAAACGAAAGUUCGAGGAGGACCCCGAAGUGCCCGCGAAGCGCAUGAAGUCCUCCGAUGAUGCCCCCGACGCCGAAUUCCAAGAUAACGCAGACUACAUCCCCCUCGAUGUCGAUCAAGGAGACCAGCAGGAGCUCCAGGGCCCCGAGGACAAUGGUGACAUGCCAUUCUAUGGUCUUCUGGACGAGGAGGAGUCCGAAUAUUUCCAACGUGCCAACGAGAUGCUCGAGCUGAACCAGUUCCAAGACACCGAGGAGCGGAGCUUGUUUGUCGACAGUGUCUACUCGGAAGCCAACGGCAAGGAGCUGAAGAUUGCGUGUAGCCAGGGCUGUUCAAGACUUAUGGAAAAACUCAUCUCGAUGUCAAACGCCCAACAACUGCGCCGGAUAUUCAGCAAGUUUGUUGGUUCAUUCCUCCACCUGGUCCAACAUCGCUUUGCGAGCCAUUGCUGUGAAACCCUUUUCAUUCACGCUGCGCCUGCUGUCAUGCAGAAGACAAAACACAACAAGAAGUCCGAGGAGGAAGAUGGAGAGGAGGAGCCGGAGCUGUCGAUCGCAGACAUGUUUAUGGCUGUGAUUGAAGAACUAAAGGAGAACUGGGGAUACCUUUUGACGGAGCGCUUUGCGUCGCACACAAUUCGAGUCCUGCUUCUGGUUCUUGCGGGAGAGCCUGUCGAUGUCACAUCAACGGACUCGUUUGUGGCAAGUCGCAAGAAGGAAAGACUUGAGAUCCCAACGAUUCAAGGCGAAGAAAAGGUGGAGCUAUCCAAGACCGAAAAGCACAGUGUUCCAGAAUCAUUUGAACCGGCACUUAAAAAGAUUAUGACGGAUAUGGUCGCUGGUCUUGACGACGUCUAUCUCCGCGCCAUGGCCACUCAUCCAGUUGGCAACCCCGUUCUCCAGGUGCUUCUGUUCCUUGAACUCUCGCAUUUCGGCAAAUCUAGCGCUAAAGAUCCCAAGUCGACAAUCAGAAGACUCAUUCCUGAUGAGUCGUUUGAGGAAGAAUCGGAGAGCGGAAUCUUUAUUCGUGGUCUCCUUUACGACCCGGUCGGCUCACGCUUGUUGGAGACAAUGGUGCGAUACCUCCCCGGAAAGGCGUUCAAAAACCUCUACCGAAACAACUUGGGAGAACGAAUUGGUUCUCUCUCUCGCAAUAGCACUGCCGGAUACGUGGUUCUCCGCAUGCUGGAGAGACUUGGAAAGGAUGACUUGAAGAUUGCCAUGAGCAACAUUGUCCCCGAAGUGUCAGGCUUGAUUGAGCGGUCCAGACUCAUUGUCCCCAAGGUGUUGAUUGAGCGAUGUGUCGUCCGAGGCGUUGACACCAAGCCUUUGGCGGAAGCCCUCGAGGGCGCUUACAGCCAGGACCCCACCAUCAGACUGCAGCAAAUGCUCAAAAUUAACGUCUCGGAGACCCCAGCCCCUCAGCCCGAAGAUCACGAUAUGGAUGGCGAUAACGAGGAGAAGGAGCGCAAGCCACGCGGGCCGCCUCCAAUGUCUGCAACUGAGAAGGCAGAGAAGCUACAUGCCUCUCUCCUCGUACAGGCGAUGUUGACAGUCUCGGGUCCCCUCAGUCAACUGGUUUACACAAGUCUCCUUGCACAGUCCCCCGAAACCAUUAUCCAGCUUGCGCAGGAGCCUACUACAUCCCGUGUCCUUCAAUCUGCUCUGACUUCCACCAGCUCAACUACCCAAAUUCGGCGACAACUCACCACCCGCUUCCAGGGUCAUCUCGCCACCCUUGCUUUGAGCCCUAGUGGAUCACACGUGGUUGACGCCCUCUGGUCAGCGACCAAGGAUAUCUUCUUCGUCAAGGAGCGCAUGGCGCAGGAACUGGAGCGAGACGAACAGACCCUCCGCGAUUCGUUUGUGGGUCGCGCCGUCUGGCGCAACUGGUCCAUGGAUUUGUUCAAGCGCCGAAGGGGCGAGUGGACUCGCAAGGCAAAGGGCCUUGAGGAGCGAACUAUCAGCAGUGAAGGAGCCGAGCGGCCCAAGUCCAAGAUUGAACAGGCGCGGGCUCGCUAUGCUGCUGCGAAGGAGGCCGCUGAGGCCGGUGCCACCGGUGCCAACCAAACUGCGGUGGCUAAUCACUCGGUUCAGCUUUUGAGAGCAGUGGAAGACCUGCUCAUUCCCUUCAUUCGAUCCGCAGACCAGGAUAUCAACAAAACCUCAAAAACCAACGGCACCAACGGCACCAACGGUACAAACGGUACAAACGGCACCAAUGGAGCCAAUGGACACACCGGGCUAGCAGGGUCUUCGCUGGUGGACUACAAGAAACCAGAAGAACUACGGGAUCUCCUGCAGCUGGAAAUCCCCGAGAAAGGCACAAAGCAGGAAGGUCUCAUCGAGAUCCUGCAGAAAGUCCUGAAGUAUUCGGUCAACACCUGGCACCAGGGCUUCUUGGACAAGCUGUAUGCGUCCACCAAUGCCCCUGGUGUGGCUGCAGAGCUCAUCCUCGCCACUUUGAAUACGAAUGUCCAUGUCUACCAAGUAUCACCCGCCCUAACGGUGAUUGAGAAGUAUACUGGUCAGCGAUUAGCAAACCUCUUCGGCUUGGACGGUCCCCGCGCUGGAGGAAUCUCGGUGCAAGGAGGAUCCGCUUCAAACACUACCUCGAUAGUAAUUGCGCGCAACAAUCUAUACCCCAGCACCAAGACGGACGGUAAUGGGGGGUAUAAGUUUGUACUCUUCACUAGCGCCCAUGGCCACUACAGCGUGGAGAAGGCGGCUCAGAUGCUUGGAUUUGGAAGCAGUGCCGUAUGGCCUGUUCCUAUUGAUAAUGUGGGCCGCAUGAUUCCAGCAGAACUGGAGAAGCUGGUCCAGAAAGCUCAAAGCGAAGGCCGGACACCGUUCUAUGUCAAUGCCACUGCUGGUACAACCGUCAUGGGCUCUUUCGAUCCAUUCAAUGAAGUUGCAGCGAUCUGCCAGAAAUACAACUUAUGGUUCCAUAUCGACGGAUCUUGGGGUGGAUCGUUCAUUUUCUCCAAGAACCAGAAACAUAAGUUGGCAGGUGCAGAGAAGGCGAACAGUAUUGCCAUCAACCCCCACAAGAUGAUUGGUGUCCCUGUGACUUGCUCAUACCUGCUGGCGGCAGAUAUGCGCCAAUUCCACAAGGCCAAUACCCUUCCAGCCGGAUAUCUCUUCCACAAUGAAGAACCGGCUUCCAAUGGCGAAGGGGACAAAGAAUCCGAGUUGGAGGUCGAAUCACCCGAAGUUUGGGACCUGGCAGACCUGACCCUGCAGUGCGGCCGACGCGCAGAUUCCCUCAAACUAUUCCUCGGGUGGACAUACUACGGCAGUGAAGGCUAUCAGCAGCAAAUCGACACCGCAUGCGACAUUGCUGCACACCUGGCCAACACCAUCGACCAGCACCCUGACUUCGUCCUCAUUAGCGAAAACCCCCCGCCAUGCCUACAGGUGUGCUUCUACUACGCCCCCGGUAAGGAGUUUGUGUACCCACGCGGUGUCGUCUCCAAUGAAGAUCAGCGUGCAAAGAACAACAGCAAGGUUACUGAGCAAGUGACACAUGCGAUCGUGCCUAAGGGCUUCAUGGUUGACUUUGCACCUCCCAGCGGAGACGACAAUGCAGUUGGGAACGGAAAGUUCUUCCGCUGUGUCGUCAAUGUUCAAACAUCCCGGGAGACAGUCGACUCGCUCGUCCACGCCAUUGAAGAGGUGGGCCCUGAAAUCGUCAAAUCUUUGAAGGCGAGCAACUCCACUAUUCCCCAGAAGCGGCCUGGUGAACGUGGCCAUGGCCCCGUUGUUCACCGCGUUUGA